CUUGCCUGGAGUGAUGAUCGGAGCUGUGGUGCGCAGCCGCAGGAGAGGCGCAUGGAGUCAGUCAGUGUCAGGGUGUUGUGAGGGGUCACAGCUGAUCACUCUGCAUGUUCUUACACACUCAACUCUUGUGUUAUGCAUCCUUUUAAGCAAAAAGAGCCAGGGGAAAUACUUUCGCGCGGUGUUUCCCUGUCGGGUAAUCGUGUCUCGUCCACGGGUGGCGGAUAUUCGUGGUGUUUGGUGUUUUAGAGUGAACAGUGAGGAUUACCGGAGCGCUCCAGAGAUCAGCGGUGUGUUUGAAUUUCUUGUCCGGGAUGGCCUCAUCGCGCCAGGACUACAUUGCACCAUGGUGGACCUACUGGCUGCACAAUUUCCCUCAUCUUAAUUUUAAUUUCCAGACGGUUGAUAACACUUUUAAACCGGAGGACGCCAGCUAUCAGCAGUCUCUGAUCUUCCUGGCCUGUGUGUCUGCGGUUGGUCUGGGCUUGAGUCUCCUGGUGCUUUCCGCAUAUCUGACCUGCCUGUGCUGCUGUCGUAGGGAAGAGGAUGAGGAAGUCAAAAGACCCGACACCUGCUGUGUCACAUGGGCUGCUGUUAUCACCGGUCUGGUCAUAUGUUCAGCGGUGGGCGUGGGUUUCUAUGGAAACAGCGAGACCAACGAUGGAGUUUACCAAUUGACUUACUCCAUUUAUAAUGCCAAUCACACACUGGGUGGCAUUGGCAGUAUGGUGGGAAACUCGUUGGGUAGCAUGCAGGUCGGGCUGAAAGAACACCUGGAGCGGUUGGAUGAGAUAUUUUCUCCACGGGGAGACUACACCCAAAUCUUGCGCUUCAUGCAGCAGAUGGCCGACAACAUUAUCCAGCAGCUGACAGCCAUGCCAGACACAAGGAAGGUGCAAGUGGAUUUGGCAGCCAUCGCGGAUAGAACUUCAUUUAUAGAGUACUACAGAUGGUUAACAUACCUGCUGCUUCUGAUUUUGGACCUGGUCAUUUGUCUCAUAGCAUGUCUGGGAUUGGCAAAGCAAUCUCGAUGGCUGCUCACAGUUAUUAUGGUGUGUGGCGUACUCACCCUGAUCAUGAGUUGGGCGUCAUUAGGAGCAGGCACAGCCACAGCUGUGGGCACCAGUGACUUUUGUGUGUCUCCUGACAAAUUCAUUGCUAAUCAAACCAAAGACUCCUUAAGUGCAGAUAUAGUGCACUAUUACCUAUAUUGCAGUCAGAGUCUUCCCAAUCCGUUCCAGCAGUCUUUGACCAUCUUCCAGAGGUCUCUGACCACCAUGCAGAUACAGGUGCAAGGUUUGCUGCAGUUUGCUGUCGCUGUGUUUCCCACCGCAGAGAAAGAUCUUCUAGGCAUUCAGCGGAUCUUGAACUCCUCAGAGUUCAAUCUGCACCAGCUUACCGCCUUGAUGGACUGCCGUAGUCUGCAUAAAGACUAUCUGGAGGCUCUGCUGGGUGUUUGCUAUGACGGCGUGGAGGGGCUCCUGUAUCUCUGCCUGUUCUCUCUGCUGGCAGCCUGUGCCUUCUGUGUCCUGCUGUGUGCCGUACCACGUGCCUGGACCCUCAUUGCCAUCAGGGAGAGGGAUUAUGAUGAUAUCGAUGAGGAGGACCCCUUUAACCCGUCGAGACGCAUCACGCCGUAUAACCCCGCCCGAGCUCAAGUUCACAGUUUCUGCAGCUACAGCAGCAGCAUGGGCAGCCAGACGAGUCUGCAUCCUCCGCUGCAGGCCACGUCCAGUACACCAGAGUACAUGAACCAAUCCAUGCUAUUUGAAAGAAAUCCUCGCUAUGAAAACGUCCCGUUGAUUGGGAGCGGUUCACCACCACCAUCGUAUUCACCCAGCAUGAGGACCACCUACCUGUCUAUGACUGAUGCCCAGAUCAGACACUUUGGGACAGACUUCCAGAUAUAGUUUUCCUGGUUCCUCGUCCUCAUGGAGUCUCCAGCAUCUUGAGAUGUGUUCCAUUAAUAGGUCAAGUAGAUAGAGAUCUCUCAUCUCAUCUCAAAGGAGGACACCUGUGGAUGUUAAAGCACAAAUAUUUAAUGCAUCAAAGGGAGUACUCGAAGACGGCAUCCCAUCCAGACGGUAAAGUCCCAUCUAGAAAGGCAAAGGAUAACUCAGAGGUUCAUGGGUGAGCUCUGACCAUGUAAAUAUUCGCUUAUUCUCUUCAGGGGCUCGUCAGAUCGUAAAUAAAUUGUUUUCUGUGAUAGCAGCAAACUGGAUCAGCCUGACGUCGAGAAUCAGAAAAGAUCUUAAACAGUUUUGAUUAAUACUUCAGCUUAGGGCAUGCAAAUGAUGAUUAAUAGCUAAAGAAAAUGAUAAAGAAAAGAAAUAACGGUUGCAUUUUACCACACAAAGGCCUUGAGCUCCAUUAUGAGCCUUUAAUUAAUAUUCUCUGACUUUUGUACUGCCUAAAUAGACACUGAUAUAGUAUGAGAGAAAUUAUCAAUUGAACGGGCUUCUGUGGAUCUGCUAUAAAGAAGAUGUUUUGCAUGAGGAAUGAGGCGUUUUGUUGGUGCCUCUCUUUAAAUAUACUGUAGUUCUACGCUGUGAUGUGAUUUUGCCUCAUGAAUGUCUGUAUUCUAGCAGUCAAAUAUGUCUGCUGUUCAUUUCAGACUUUAUUUAUGAGGCUGACAGCACAGAACAAAGAUAAAUAUUAAUCAUUUUGUGCAACGGUGGAUAUGGGGAUGAACAAUUUGGAUAUGGAAAUCACGGAUGGACUAGUUGUUUGUUUGGUUCAAGCUUCUUAAAGUAUCUUCGUCUGUAUGCCUGUGUAUUCAAGCUAGAUCAGAGAUGGCAAAGCCUAUUUUUCUAGUUUAAGCGCUUUUGUGUGAUUCCACUGACGUACUGUAUAUAGACUCGGCCAUUUCUAAAGAAAUUAUUGUUAAUGAGGUUCACAAUACCGCUGUUCAGACAGGCAGCUGUUUAUUAUCCAAGUGAGUAAAAGAAGAUACAAUUAGUUUAGUUAUACAUGUUGAAUUCUACCACUGUUAUUGUCUUUAUUUGUCAUAACAUUUCAAAAGUGCUGUUUUUUUAUUGUUCAUGUAGUACGUUUUUGUGACAUUUGAUUCAAUAAAUAAUUUUUACUAA